AAAUUUACCUUAAAAACAUAGCUUUAUUUCAGCAAUACACCUAAAUCAUGCAAAGUUUAGUAUUUGUGCUUUUGGUCAUAACAGCUAUUAUUUUUGGAUUUGUUGAAAAUGCUUCAGACAAAAAGCAACUUCAAAUAGGCAUUAAAAAGAAAGUAGAAAAUUGCAAUAGAAGAUCUACCAAGGGAGAUGUUUUAAAGAUGCAUUACACGGGCAAAUUAGAAGAUGGUACAGUGUUUGAUAGCAGUGAGGGAAGAGACCCAUUAUCAUUUACUUUAGGUGCUGGUCAAGUAAUUAAAGGUUGGGAUCAAGGACUCUUAAACAUGUGUGUUGGUGAAAAAAGAAAGUUAUCUAUUCCAUCACAUUUAGGAUAUGGUGAAAGAGGAUCACCCCCAAAAAUUCCAGGUGGUGCUACAUUAAUCUUUGAAGUUGAAUUGGUUGGAAUUGAAGGCAAAAACAAAAAAGAUUUGUGAACGUUUCAUUAGUUUUAUAUUAGGAAAAAAAAAAUGUUUUUUUGAA